AUGACGCCAGCGUUCCCAGCGGCAGUGCCGGUACAAAACGUGCUCGCAGCACCCGUGAUAUCUCCGCCGCCCAACGUGAGCUGCGACAAGUGCGACGGCGCACAUGCAACCGAGAAGCUCGCUCGCGCCAUAGUGCACUGUCCUCACUUCCACAAGCCCAGAGAGAAGCACGCGGACGCGUGGCAUUUCAAGGGCAAGAGCCACCUUGUCGCCACCAACCAGCCAGAGGAGGUCAAGGUCGUGAGCCGGGCGCGCGUGGUGCGACAUCCCGGAGACGGCUCCUGUCUCUACCACUCCGUGUCCUACGGGCUCGGAGACGGCAGCACGGCAAGCAUGCUCCGCAAGCAUGUGGCUGACAUCAUAAGCGCCUAUCCGAACAUGCCCAUCCUCAACACCACGUUGUCGGAGUGGAUCCGGAUGGAUGCAGACGUCGGCGUCCGCGCGUACGUCCAGGAUCUCCUGGCUGGAGCAUGGGGCGGUGGCAUCGAGCUGGCCGUCAUCGCCCAAACAAAGAAGGUCCGCAUCGAAGUCUACGAGCCCGUCAAGGGCGGCUUCUCGCGCAUCGCGCGCUUCGGGACGGCGGGCCGCGUCGUGCCGCUCCUCUACCAGGAGGAGCUGCGCGGCUUUGCCUCUUGCAUGGACAUCGACCUACCAGGCAGAGCCGCAGAGACGGACGAGGCCGAAGAAGAUGAGCUUCCUGUCAAUGAGGACCCGACGGCCCGCCAGAAGAUACCUGGGGCGGAGAGCAGGCGUCGGCGCGCCAAGGGAGGAGGAGAUGCCGAGCUGGAGCCGGGCCGCAGGAUGAGCGCAAAGCCGAGCUGGGGCCGGGCCGGAGGCCUCGCAAAACACAAGGUAUGUGACAAGAAGUGCUUGAACAAGGACGCGCAGGCCCCCUGGGAGGAGGCCCUUGACCACGAGACGCAAGGGCUGGGUGGCGAGCCGGCGGCUACGGCUAAGGAGGAGGAGGAGCACCUGGAGCCGGAGCUUCCGGAGACUGGCGAAAACGCGCCGGCGAAGGAGGCGGGGCGCGAGAUGCCCGAAACUGGGGACACGCAGAUGGAAGAGGCCGCCGAGAAGGAUCAAGAGGAGGCGGGGCGCGAGAUGCCCGAAACUGGGGAGCUGCAGACGGAAGAGGACGCCGACAAGGACCAAGAGGAGGCGGAGCGCGAGAUGCCCGAAACUGGGGACACGCAGAUGGAAGAGGCCGCCGAAAAGGACCAAGAGGAGGCGGGGCGCGAGAUGCCCGAAACUGGGGAGCUGCAGACGGAAGAGGACGCCGACAAGGACCAAGAGGAGGCGGAGCGCGAGAUGCCCGAAACUGGGGAGCUGCAGAUGGAAGAGGCCGCCGAGAAGGACCAAGAGGAGGCGGGGCACGAGAUGCCCGAAACUGGGGACACGCAGAUGGAAGAGGACGCCGAAAAGGACCAAGAGGAGGCCGGGCGCGAGAUGCCCGAAACUAGGGACACGCAGAUGGAAGAGGCCGCUGAGAAGGACCAAGAGGAGGCGGGGCACGAGAUGCCCGAAACUGACACGCAGAUGGAUGAGGCCGCUGAGAAGGACGUCGACGAGGUGGCAGAAGCUUCCGAGCAAGUCAGUCAGGCUGCCGCUGCAUCCUCACCUUCGAUAUCGCCCGCGUCAUCGAUGGGCUCUUCCUCCUCAAGCUCCUCCUCCAGCUCUUCGGAGAGCGGGUCGGAGGAGCCCCAAGCCGCGCCCAAGCGGCGUACCAGGCGCGAGCGCCCGGCCGCGGGCAAGGCCAAGAGCAAGGCGUCCCCGAAGGCGAAGAAGAAGCCUGCGGCAGCCCGAGGUGUCCGUGAUCCCUCCCCGCCAUCGCCGGCGCCGAAGCCGAAGCCGAAGCCGAAGCCGAAGCCGAAGCCGGCUCCUCUGGCGAAGGACGGCCCAGAGCCGGAGCCGGCAGCGGAGGUGAAGGCGGAGCCCGAAGACUCCGAGCUGGACGUCUUCGAUCUCCAGAAGCGGCGGCGACGGCAGAAAGGAGUCAAGAACACGACGGCCUUGUCUGAGAAGGAGAAGGACGUGGCGCUUCCGGAGGAAGAGCCGAAGCCGAAAUCGGAGCGGCCAGCGGCCGACCUCGCAACGGGGGCCGAGGAUCUCAAGGCUCCGGCGGUCCCCAAAAGAAGAGGGCGGCCGAGUAAAAAGCUUGAGCCAGAGGUGGCGCUUCCCGAGGACGCCCCGCAGCCUACAUUGAAAGGGCCAGCGGCCGUCGCAGCAGGGGCCGAGGCUCGCAAAGCUCCGGGGGCCCCCAAGAGGAAGACUGGGCGGCCGAGUGGUAAGAAGCUUGAGGCAGAGGCCACCGACCUCGAGUGCUGCUACGUGUGCUUCGGCCCGCGGCGCCCGGAUGCGGCACGAUGCGGCGCCUGUGGGGGAAGCACUUGCGACAAGUGCCAAGAGGAGCUGGAGCAGAGCCCGGUGAAGCGGAGGUUCUGCCGGUGGUGCGGGCACAAAGACAACCAAGCAGUGGAAGAGCAAAAGGAUCCCACGCUGGUGCUGUAUGACCACAUGAAUGAGACAGAAGGAUGGCAGAAUCAGGUGGAAGUGGCGAGAUUCCGAUACCUACUCAAGCUGCAGAAGCAAUCGCUGAAGCACCAGCUGAGGUGGAAGCACAAGGUGCCGAUGACCGAACUCCAGUCCCUCAGUAGCAAGCGCGACCAUCUGGCUCUCCUGGUGCAGAAGGAGUUCAACCUGGACGGCUGA